AUGGGCAGGCCAUCUGCAAGGUUCAGUGGGAUGAUACCUUCUGACAACCUGACUGGUGCUGCAAGAUCAAAAAACACCGAACCUACACGAUACACGACACAGCGAAGGGAUGAUAAAAUACGCCACGAGAUCAACCAUAAUUUAGAGCGCACUUUCUUGUUUUCCGGACAACUAGCGCGCACUGCUUCAAUUUCACCGUUAAGCUCGAAUGGCAUGAGAUCUAGUGGGAAACGAUCUAUGGUACUUAACGAUGGAGACACGUCCGAUGUAGACAACAGUCGUGCGGACUUACCAACUGGUAUAGAAUUCAAGAGUAAGCGCCCAAGGUUCAUUGGAAGCCCUCUGGAAGCCUUGGACGAAUCCGAUUGUGAUCCUCUUCAGCGGCCCUAUCAAUGUUCUCUCAAUGGUACAUUCCAAGCUUUUCACAAUUCUGGUGGGCAGUCGUUUAAGAAUCACGCUGUCAUGAAGUUCCUUAGCGACAAGGAUCAGAUUUCAAUGCACAUCAGGUGGAAGGGGCAGAGCAUCGAAGGAACAGAGGUCAAUUUCCUCGUUGAUUGCAAGAAAGUUUAUUUUAGCCAACAAGAAAGACAUCUAGGCUUGGUGCUCAAGCAUCCCAGAAUACUCAAUUUAGGAUCGGAUGACGGAAUCAGCGUAUUUCUGUGGAGUGCACUGAGGGAUGAAAUUAGGCUUUCAGACAUCAGGGAGAGAAUUAGGUACAGAUUAGUGGAUCAUCAGAUUGUGGACGAUCACGGCACAGGUGGCGACGCGUUAGUGCGCCUAAUGAAGUCCGAUGCGAAAAACCAUCGAGAUGCAACCUACGAAAUGACCCUCCCUGACCAACAGAACACCAACAUACAAAAGUCUCGAUCGAGAGCAAAAAGUUUUACAGACAAAGACUUAAAAUCGCUGCGAAGACACCGCACAAAAUCGCAUUCAAAUGCAAGUGGAGAAAGGAUCAGCAAGCCAGAUGAAUCUAAUGUUCGUAACACCCAUACCACGCCAACUCAUCAGUUUUACGGCUCUCAAAAUCAGCCUUUCCAAAACUCGCUAAUGAAGCAUGCGCUUUCAUCUACUAAGCGUAUCACAAGAUCAGAAACCAUAAAUACGAGCCCAGAGGCGUCCCCACCAACCGAACUUUCGCUUGAUCAUGAGAUCCCAGAGACUUUCAAGCCUUCUCUAUUUUACAAGUUUGACGACAACACAACGCUGUCUGUAUCAAAUCAAGACUUCAAAUGUCUCUAUAACCACGACUGGAUUAACGACUCUAUUUUAGAUUUUUUUAUCAAGUAUUGGGCAGAAGCUUCAAUUAAAAAGCAAAUUAUCUCCAGGAACCAAAUCCACGUUCUAUCGUCCUUUUUUUAUACAAAACUGGUGAGCAAUACGGAUAGUUACUAUGAGAAUGUCCGAAAAUGGGUAAGAGAUACCGACCUAUUUACCAAGGAUUACGUGGUCAUGCCAAUUAACGAGAGCUUUCACUGGUUCGGCUGUAUUAUAACGAAUCUCCCAGCUUUACUAUCAUUUCUAGUUCAAGAACGAACUUUCAAUUCGAAAAAUCCGCCUGAAAGCCAAAAUGGCGAAAGCCAAAAUUCAGAUGAAAUUUCAAUAACUUCCCCGGUCGUGUCCAUAAUGGUGUAUGACUCUCUGCGCCAAACCCAUUCUCGCGAAGUGGAGCCUAUCAAGGAGUUUUUGAUUGCUUAUGCUUCAGAUAAGUACGAUUUGGAAUUGUCGAAAAACCAAAUCAAGAUGAAAACUUGCAUGGUGCCGCAACAACCGAACAUGAGCGAUUGCGGAGUACAUGUUAUUUUAAAUACCAGGACGUUUUUCGAAAUGCCGAAGAAAACUAUAGGUUUGUGGUGGGAAAGUAAGCUUAGGAAUAAGGCAUCUUCUAGGGUCGUCAACGAGUAUUUCAACAAACGAGAUAGAACUAACGCGCGCUUCGAACUUCGGGAAGUUUUGUGGAAGCUUCAAGAGAAGCAGGUUGAACUAAAUCGGACGAAAGGGAUUUUUGGUGAUGAAAGUAAUUCCAAUGAUGACGAGCGGCAUAGUGACAUCGAAAUUCUGGAGGAUUAUGUUGAACCCAUGGCCAACGAUGACAAUGAAAGUGAAAAAAAUAACAUAUCUGAGCCUGCGCCAAAAGCACUCGAUCUCCUCAGCAAUGUACCUUUGGCAAGUGCUAAUUUUCCUGACUUAGCUCAUAGUGCCUGCGAUGUAGCCUCAACGCCAGACAAGCGCGAAAGAACUUGCAAUGAGCAUACGAAAAACCUAACUCCGAAAGAACCAAUCUUGUCCUUAACGAAUUUGAAAUAUGAAAAUCCAGGGAAUAAAAGCCCGCAUUCAUCUCCCUAUUCCAACAUAUUGAAGAGCUCAGCGAAACUGGGACGAGAGGAUGUAUCGAAUAAGUCAUAUGCUGAUACAACUGCACCAGAAGAACAGGCACCUUUUGGGCCGAGUAUACAAACUCUGGCUACUGGUUCGAUUCGAAGUGCGGACGCAAAUGAAGGCAUUGCCAGUGAGAAUCUUCCGAAGAGUAUCAAUCACAGUUGUGGAUAUCCAUUCGUUUCUUCAGAGAAAAAAAUUGAUGCUCACAUUGGUGAUUAUGAAAGUGAUAGAAUAGUUAUUUCUCCUAGUGCAGAGAACGACGAAGAAGUUGGACUGGUAGAAGAGAAGAGCUAUCGGAAACCAAGGAAGCCUCAGCAAUCUGAAAACAUCCCGGUUUUGAAGGCUGUACAACCCCAAAGCGAUAGCGAUGGUGUAGAAUUUGAAGAAGUCGGUGAGUUGGAUGGGUCCAGCGACGAUGGGUCGGGUAUAGACCAUGGAAUUCCAGUAAGAUACCUUAAGAAGGGUGGGUUACAGGCGAGCGAAUCGCUUUCAAGUGGGCCUCCCAUCCACAAGUUUAGAAAUAAGCCGAACUAUUGA